AUAGUAUUAAAUUAAAUUUGUACACAUGAUACAACAUUCCUUAUGCUCAAACAUAACGAAAGAUUUUCAAUAGGAUUUACAAAUAUCAAUCAAACUAACAAAGAAAAUAUUUCCAACAAAUAUAAUGUAAUUAAGGGAUCCUGGUCUAAACAGGAAGAUGAAGCUAUUAUCAGAUUGGUGAAGCAACACGGUCCUACUAAAUGGUCAAGAAUAGCUAAAAGUUUGGGUGGAAGAAUGGGCAAGCAAUGCAGGGAACGCUGGCACAACCAUUUGAAUCCCUCUAUUAAAAAGACCGGAUGGACCCCAGAAGAGGAUACGAUAAUUUACAAUGCCCGAAAAAUAAUGGGGAACAAAUGGGCUCAGAUAGCCAAACUACUGCCAGGCAGAACGGAUAACGGUAUCAAAAAUCAUUGGAAUGCCACUCUCAAGAAAAAAUAUGGAGACCCGUUUAUUUUGACCACUCAAUCGGAUGAAAAUAUCGAUGGCUUACACAAUAAAUCAAAUCAGGUAGACAGCAAUGCAAAAAGAUUUCCGCUGCAAUUAAUAUCUGGCACAAACUGCAACAAAAUUAUUGGCAAUUCGACUUCUUCAAGCAAUGUUAAAAUACCGUAUAGCUACAAUUGCUCUACUAGAACUCUAAAUCUUUCUUCCUUUACAAACACGCAGCAGCGCAUAAAUAACUUUAAACCAGCACUAUCCACCUGUCUUAGCAGAGAUGCCAAUAACAAUAUCUGCCAUUUAAACGAUAUCUCUAAACUCACAACAAAUAAUGAUAAUAAAUUAGCGGACACAAACUGCCCAGAUUACAACGCUAAAACAUAUAUAAUUAAAACAUCGGAGGAACCCAAUCUACCAAGAGGAUUAAAAAGAUCUUCGGGGGUUUUAACGUCAAAUAAUUCUAUUAAUUCUUACGUCAAUCACACGUCAAUCCCCUUCGCCACGACCGAUAACUACUACAGUACUCACGAUACCCAUGGUAGAUUUUACCUCGACGGAGGAAUGAAAGAAAAUCUUUGCCCUCAAAAAUUUCCCAUACAAAUGAUGGAGGUUAAUGUAAAGAAGCCUUCUUCGCCUCUUAUCGCUACCAAUUUGCACGGAUCUUCAGAUAAUUCGGUCAGCCAAGGCUCGAAUAAUGAGAAACAAAACUUGGAAAAAUCAUUGACUUUUGACAACGUUACUCCCAUAAAACAGGGGUUUAAUUUCAAACCAAUCACGUCAUCUUCUACCAUCUACAAAUUUAACAAGCACGGUAUAUCUAGAUCUCAACCAUUCUCUCCCAGCCAGAACAAACUUUAUCAAGCUUCAACUUCCUUGAAUAAAGAUUUGGCAUCCUUAUCCAGAUUGACUCCCAUAAAGGCGUUGCCAUUUUCUCCUUCAAACUUCCUUAAUACCUCCCCUCUUCCUUAUCAUCAGCAUCAUACUAUGUUUGAUCAACAUCGUCAAAACUCUGGUGGUGGGUAUAUGAAGAUUACAAAUUUUUCAUCGGAUGUCACACUCACAGAUAAUCACAAUUCUACUACGCUGCCCAAAAAUCAGAGUUCUAAAUUGAAUCACAAUAUAACUCCUCAUGAAACAUCAUCAUAUCCUUCGUGCGCCUUAAACUUAAACUACACACUUUCUUCCCCUUUGAUCUCGAAUGUCGUUGAAUUCAGUGGCGCAAAACAUUCUACACCCUACGAAUCUACCAAAUGUUCCAUAUCCCCUUUCCAAUUUGCAAACUAUUUUAUCAGGGAACAAUCUGUUUUCGAAGCAGUCAAUAACGAAGAUGUUAGUAUCAAGGACAACGAAAACUCCAUACUCUUUGACUCCGGGCUAGAACUAGCAAACGAUUAUACAAAUAGGCAGUCACGGCUUUCUUCUAUGACAUCAUCUUAUAACCCGACGACUACCGCCCAUAAAUUGAGCAGAGCCAGCAAACCAAAUUGUACCGAAGAAAGUUUUGAUUUAUCUAAUGAGAGCCUCGGCAUCAUCCAUAACACUGCUAGCCUUAAGACUCCCAAAACGCCCACGCCCCUCAAAUUAGCUUUCGCGUCAAUGGAAGCCAAAAAUAGGCGGUCCUCAUAUCUCUACGAUAACACCAUAAAUAACACUUUAGACGAAAUAUGCGAAUUCGUGAACCUAAGUGAAUUCUACGGGAAUGCAGACAACGAAUCAGUAACUUCCAAGGAAAAUUUGAACGAAAGCCGUUCACCUUCUACCUCGACACCCCCUACACCUUAUGCGGUUAAUAUAUCUUUCAAAACACCACUGAGACAUGAUAAAUGGCUUUUGAAUGACACAACGAAAAAUGAUAAACCGUCACCUAUAGAAAAUCAGAAUAACGGUAGAUUCAAACAUUUCAAAAAAGUACAGCGUUCAGGUAAUAAUGGUGGUUACUUUACCUCUAGCCAUAAAAAAUCGGAAAAUCGAAUUCCUCGUCCCACGUUCGGUGUUAAUGAUCCGGAAUUCGAAACGCCGAGCAAAUCUUUACGCAACGACGAGUUAUCCAGUCUAUUCUCACUUGCCACCCCUUACUCAAACAAUACACCGUUCAAUAAUAGAACCAAUAACCGAAUAAUUUCCGACCUCGCUUACGCCAAUGCAAAAUAUGGAACAGUAGAUUCGAUCCCCCAAGACGACUAUUUAAUCGAUAUGGCUAAUAACAAGCGUUACGAACAUUUAUUGAAAAUUGAGUUCGAGGACAUUUUAGAGCACAUAAAACACGUUUUUCAAAAAAAGCAUAAACCUUAUCAAGAAAUUUCUCCAAGCAAUCAGCUUUCAGCAACCCACGUGACAUGCCAGGAAAAUAACGCGAACAGCGGUAUCGAUCGCGAAUCCGGAUCUACGCCAAACAAACCUUUCUGCUACUCAAAUUGGAAGGCGAUCGCGUUCGGAAUGACCGCCGACCAUUGCGAUAUGUUUGCGAGGGCCGAAAAAUAUUUAUCGAAAAUGAAAUGUCAAAGGAUCUUGGCUUUGUGAAAUAUUUGUACUUUAAUUUUUAUUAUUAAAAUGGAGGUAUAUUGAUCUCAAAAUUACGCGAAAUCAAGAUUCGUCAGCGUUUUUUAAAAUGUUUUAAAAAAAACGCUAAGGACAAACCGAAGAAAUUUUAACCAAAAGGCCCCCAAUAAAUAAAUCCCCCAAUAAUUUAUUUUUUUGGCAAAUUAUAUGUCAUUUUUUUUCUU